UAUUAAUUGCCCAGGUUAUAUAUUACUUGAUUAGGGCUGGAGGAGGAAAAGCAGCAUCUGGGCAAAGUUAAAGAAGAUAAGCGGGGCCUUUUGGCAGGCUAAAGUAAAAUUUACAAUAGCCUCAUUUAAUUGACACAACGCAGACAUGGGCUAUGCUGAGGUACUUUCUUAUCUGGGGGAUGUUCAAACAUUCCAGGCCAGAUUAUUCCUGGCUUUAGUUUUAACUAAUCUUCACUGAAGAAUGCUUAUUAUUCCUAGUUUGAUAUUUUUACUUUAGAGAAUUAAUGUGACUCUGACUUUGCUUAAUUGUUUAGUACGGAGUUUUGGUAGGGGUCUUUUUCUAGAAGCCCUCACCCUACCCUGACUACACCAAUGGUCCCUGUUUCAGCCCCUGCCAUAAAACAAUUGAUAAAAUCCCCUCCGCGAUUAGGCGCGGCCGCAGUCCGAGGCGGGGACGCGCACCCAGCGCAUGCGCGCUCCCCUCGUCCGGCCUCCUGCGCCCGCUCACAGGGUGGAGGGAGCGCGCCCGGAGAGAACGCGCCCCAGCCAUCGGUUAACUGCUCCAGGUGGAAACUGACGCUGGCGGCGGCGGGGUUCCGCGGGCGGGAAGGCGGUGCGCCGUCCGCUCUUCCCCACCCCCUGCCUCGGCCCUGACGGGGCUGGAUGGGCAAGUUGGCCGCGAUGGUUCGAGCUCGGGCGGCGGCCGGAGGCGGCGGCGCCUCCUCCUCGCCCCUGCGCCGGCGGUGAUCGCAGCGAGCGGCCGCGGCCCCCUGUUGGAGGGCUGGCUGUGCCUGAGCCUGGCGUCCGUGUGGCUGGCGCGGAGGAUGUGGACGCUGCGGAGCCCGCUCACCCGCUCCCGAUACGUGGAUAUGACCAGCGGUCCGGGCGGCAGGAAGGAGAACCACCAGGCCGUGACUGCAGACGCUUGGCCACCUCGGCGUCGGCUCCCAACAGCAGGACGGAGGAACUUCGGGGCCGGCGCGUGGCGACAGCUGUCUGGACAGUGCCAGGCAUAUUUGGUGAAUAAGAGGGUCAAAGUGGACAGGCUGCUGGGCUAUGAUUCUGAUGGUCAGAGGGGAGUUGGGGACAGGAGAUGCGCCCUCACUGCAGAGCCCUGGAGACCAGAGGACACAGGACAACAUCCAGACCACAUCCACACCUGCAGGAACCCAGCGCCAUGCGAAAGGGAUAAAUGGACAUCAUGAAAGUGCUCUGGGAGUUUAGCUUCUUCAGAAACUUGCUACAGUUUUCUGUAUAGAGGCAAAGAAUUUGGAGAAGUACUUCUGUGAAAACGCAGGAUACUGUGCUGGGCACUUGAAGUGACACCACAAGAUGAAUUAAUCAUGGUCCUGGAGUCUAGAAAGAGCACCUGUGGAACCUUCUCAAGAGGAACAAUCAUGUGAAGGUUCAAAUUCAGUUGUUAGCAUGGAAGUUUCAGAACCUGUUGUAGAAAAUGGGGAGACAGAAAUGUCCCCAGAAGACUCAUAGGAGCACAAAGAAGAAACCAGGGAAAAAGAGCCAGUGGGAGCUCCUUGGGAGGUGGAAGGCCCCCAGAGGAAAGUGCCCAGGAGAUGAUGGAGGAGGAAGAGGAGAUAUCAAAACCCAAAUCUGUGGUUGCUCCGCCAGGUGCUCCUAAGAAGGAACAUGUAUAUGUAGUAUUCAUUGGUCAUGUAGGUAAGUUGCAUUCACAGCAAUAAGAAAUGACCAGAGUUACUGUGUACAACAAACAGAACAUC